AUGGGGAUCAAAGCUGCUCUACCCAAAUAUGAGAUCUACUUCUACAACACAGUGCUCUGUCUGGCCAUGUUCUGGGCGGCCAGCUGGAUCUUUGAGGUUUCCAGUUCAAGUGCAAACAGGAAGACAUUUAAAACCAGCGUGAAGCCAGGAUGGUACUACUUUGGAAGGAAGAUGGAUACAGCUGAUUUCGAGUGGAUGAUGUGGUUCUCUACCUUCAGAGAGCACAUCGUGUUCGCCCUCUCUGGUCAUGUACUGUUUGCUAAGAUCUGCACCAUGCUGGCUCCACAGUAUAGGUCACUGGUGUACAUGGUGUAUGGACUGCUGGCAGUAUGGACCAGUAUGGGCUGGACCUACGUCACCCUCAUGCUGUCUCACUGUAUCCUGCUCUACAGCAUCUCCUUAGUGAAAAUACGCUGGCUUUGCUUCGUCACAGGUCUUUUCACUCUCGCUACAUUCAAGUGUGAACCUUUUGUGUCCUGGCAGGAAGGUUUUGUGGAGGGGGACUUUGAGCUGCGUCAUGUUCUCUUCUAUGGAGGUUGUGGCUUCACUAUCAUGCGCUGUAUGAGCUUUGCCCUGGAGAAUUGUGAGAGGAAGGAUGGAAACUACAACAUCCUAGAGCUUCUCAAAUACAACUUCUACCUCCCCUUCUUCUAUUUUGGGCCCAUCAUGACUUUCGACAAGUUUUAUGUUCAAGCCAACAAGUCGGACCUGACCAGGAAAGAGCGGGAGAUGUGGAACAUCAACCUGCAGGGCCUGACUUACCUGGGAGUCAUCUUUGUUGUGGACGUCCUCUUCCACUUCCUGUACAUCCUCACCAUCCCCACCGACAUGAAGCUGCUCAAACAUGUCUCAGACUGGGCUCUAGUGGGUCUGGCUUACUUUAACCUGGUGUAUGACUGGGUGAAAGCAGCCGUCAUGUUUGGAGUCAUCAAUACAGUGUCCAGACUGGACCAUCUGGACCCUCCGCAGCCCCCAAAAUGCAUCACUCUGCUCUACGUGUUCGCUGAAACCCAUUUCGACAGAGGAAUCAACGAGUGGCUGUGCAAGUACGUGUACAACUACCUGGGUGGAAAACAUGACAAUGUGGUGGAGGAGCUGGUGGCAACACUGUGCACCUUUGGUGUCACAAUCCUGUGGCUGGGACCCUGUGAGGUGGUGCUCAUCUGGGCUUUCUUCAACUGUUUCGGCCUCAACUUUGAGCUGUGGGCCGCCAAGUUCUUCUCCAUGGAGCCUUUCGCGUCUUUUGAGAUGGCAAUGUCAGAAGCAAUGUCCCGCCGUAUCAGAGCUGUUUUUAAUACAUUCAACUUCUGGUGCAUCGUGUUGUACAACAUCCUGGCGCUGAACAGUUUGGAUUUUGCCAAGUUGGUUGCCAAACGUCUGCUCCUAAAAGGCUUCCCUUUCACCACCAUCAUCGUUAUGUUUGUCACCUACUGCCUGAUUCAAGUGAUCAAGGAGAGAGAGAGGAGGCAGGCACUCAUCGAUGACCCUGAUCCUCUUCCUCCUCCUGCUCCUCCAACCGCCACCACACCCCCAACCGGUGCUGCAGCCACACCUGCAACCCCAACUACACCUGCCACCACCACUCAACCUGCCGUAGACCCCAGCAAGGAAAAGGCCGAGUAG